AUGCGCCUGGAUUACCACGGUCUGGUUUUAUUUUUCAUCCUGCACAAUUUCCAGAACGUUGUGGGUCGUCUAGUUGGACUACGCACGGAGAAUUUGCCCUCUCCAAAUCAUGAUAUCAUUCAACGCCUGGAGAAGGUAUUGCGGUUCGUCAGUUUCGAUGAAAAGGGCCGGCGACGUCCAUCACCCCCCAGUGUUCGCUCUGUGCGCUAUGUCUCACCAAAGGGAUUCGAGUCCGCGCGCAAAAGUCGCCUUAAUUACGCCAUCAGGCACCUCAUCCUAAUUGAUAUUUUGCCGUCAGCAAUUCAGUCAGUCUACGUUUUGUGA